ACAGCAGGAGUGAUCUCACCUCCUCUCCACCCCUUCUAUCUAUCGCUGCUGCCAGCCUCCAAAAAAGAGCGUAUCCGUGAGCAGUGCUGGUGCUACAUAGACACGCUAAGGUAGCCUAUAGACUACACUGAGAAUUCACGGUGGAUUUCCCUGACCAGGACCACUACUGAGCCACAGAGCCGACCAUGGAAGAACUUACGGCAUUUGUGUCGAAAUCUUUCGAUCAGAAAACCAAGGAGAGCAGCAAAGAGAGUAUCACGUACAGGGAAGUUUUGGAGAGCGGCUUGACGCGGGCGAGGGAGCUGGGCAGCCCGGAGACAAACCUGCAGGACAUAACGGAGGGCAGCCACUGCCCGGUGCAUCUGUUCAAGGACCACGUCGAGCUGGAAAAGGAGAAACUGAAGGACUUUAGUGUUUCGAGGUCGACUGAGGGGAUAUACGAGUGUAAGGAGAAAAAGGAGGACGUGAAGUCGGAGGACGAGGAUGCACAGGGCAAACUGAAGCAGCGGAGGAGUCGCACUAACUUCACGUUGGAGCAACUCAACGAGCUGGAGCGGCUCUUCGACGAGACGCACUACCCGGACGCGUUCAUGAGAGAGGAGCUGAGCCAGCGGCUGGGACUGUCCGAGGCCAGGGUGCAGGUCUGGUUUCAGAACAGAAGAGCCAAAUGUCGAAAACAAGAAAACCAGAUGCACAAAGACAUCUUUCCCUUCUCUCCAGGUGUUAUUCUGGGCAGCGGCAGUCACCUCGACGCAUGCAGAGUAGCACCCUAUGUCAAUAUGGGUGCCCUCCGGAUGCCCUUCCAACAGGUCCAAGCCCAGCUUCAGUUGGACGGAGUCGCCCACUCCCACCCACACCUGCACCCUCACCUGGCUGCUCACGCUCCCUACCUGAUGUUCCCACCUCCUCCGUUUGGACUACCAAUCGCAUCGCUCGCCGACUCGGCCUCUGCAGCAGCGGCGGUGGCAGCAGCUGCCAAAAGCAACAGCAAGAACUCGAGCAUCGCCGACCUGCGACUCAAGGCAGGACUUCUGCGGGGCCAGUGGCUCAGUCCACUCCAGGCACAGAUCACAUCCCAAGGACCGUACAAACACAUGUGGAUGUCUGUCUGAGGGCCAGGCCGGGGCCCGUCAGACCAGAAGACGUUAGAACAAAGCAAACUGGCAGGCAGCAGCAGGGCCAAAAGCAGAGCCUCGCUGACGCUGGCUGACGCCAUAUUGACAAUGCAGAGGGUUGAGCAUGGGGGAAACAGACCCAAGCACCACCUCAACGAAGCAUUGGAACGGCUCUCCCCUUUAUACCCUCCCCCACCCCAUCUUCACUAGAAAAAUGAA